AUGCCUCCAAAGAAACAGCAUCAUAAAACUUAGUCUUCUGACAUCUCUGCCUAAGCAAUAAUCAAUUUUCUCUCAAAUAGAGAUUCAUAAAAUGGUAGAUAAUCUCCAACCAAAUAACUUGAUUUGCUAAAAAUGAAGACCUAAACCCAUUAAAGUCCAUAACCAGUUAAAGUAACUUAGUAAUAAUAAACAUUGCUUUAAAACAUGAUGAGACAAAGCUAAAGGAAAUUACAAUAACCUGAAACAACUAAAUCAAGAAUUGGCCUUAUGUCUCCAAAGGUUUUGAGUCAAAUUCAUAUGAAAACAUAGCCACAUUCUCAUUAGAACUCAUAAGUUAAUUUAAAGGAGUCAAUGCAAUAAUUAAUGUCAAUUCCACUUUCAGCUACAAGUAAAGUAGUUAGCAAAGAAAAAAAACUUAUAGAAGAAUUAUUAGCUAAAACUAAGAAUUCUAAAUAGCAAUCAUUCUUUCCAAAGAGCCCAUCAAUUGAAUAAAAAUUUUAAACACAUUCUGGAUCAUAACCGCUCAUAUUUUUAGAGAAGUUUAAACCAACUACUGCUAGAAAAUAGGAAAUGAUGACAAUUGUGCUUUAAUAUAAAAACUUCCGUUAAAAAUAUGCAAUAGACAUAUCUAUGAAUAAAAUUUAAUGGUUAAUUGACUUUGUUAAGCAAGAACUUGGAAUACCAAUUUAAGGGAUUAGAACUACUGGAAUUUCUAUACCGGUUGAUUUUAUUCUAUCUAAACCUGAUAAACCUUUAAGUUUAUUAUCAGGAUUUCCAAUUUAACCUUUAUAAAUAGAACCAAUUAUUAUGAAUCCUAAUGAACCAAAAGCAGCUAGAGUCACUCUUAAAGAUUUUGAAUUUAUAAGGUGCAUAGGGAUGGGUGGAUUUUCAAAAGUAUAUAUGGUUAGAGAAAUGCAUACAGGAUAAUUUUACGCGAUGAAAUUGAUAGAAAAAAAGCCUAUUCUAUAAUAAAAUAAAUAAUAAAUUAUUUAAUAAGAAAGGGAUAUAAUGUCAAAUUUGGAUCAUCCAUUUAUUGUUGGAUUAUAAUAUGCGUUUGAAUCACGAAAAUAUUUAGUUUUUGUAUUAGAAUAUUGUUUUGGAGGAGAAUUAUUUUAUUUAUUAAGAAAGGUAAAAAGAAUGAACGAAUAAGAAGCAUUUUUUUACUUUGCUGAGAUUUGUCUUGGAAUGAAACACCUCCAUGAUAAUAAUAUUAUUUAUAGAGAUAUCAAACCAGAAAAUAUUCUAAUUGAUUUUGAUGGACAUGUUCGUAUUGCUGAUUUUGGAUUAUCAAAACCAGGCAUGGUUGACCAAGAAGUUGCUUACUCUUUUUGUGGUAGUCCAGAAUACAUGGCACCUGAAAUGCUCUUAAAAGCAGGCCACACUAUUUAGUUAGAUUUAUACUGUCUAGGAGCACUUCUAUAUGAAUUAGUUACAGGAUUACCUCCAUUCUAUUCUAGAAACACAGAUGAAAUAUACUAAAGAAUAUUGAAUGCUAAACUUACUUUUCCAUAAAACUUAUCUGCAUCUAUUAAAGAUCUUUUGAAUGGUUUGUUGGCAAAGAAUCCAAAAAAAAGAAUUGAAAGCAUUGAUACCAUCCUACGACAUCCUUGGAUGAUUCAAUGGGGAGAUAAAAACCUUUAUAAAGAUUUAUUGUCAAAAAAGAUAGAACCUCCCUUCAAACCAGAUUGUUUUGCCUUUAAUUUUGAUGAAGAGGAGUUUGGUAAAGGUGAAGCAGAAUUUCUUUAAUAUAUUAAACCACUCUAACAAAAUGUAAUGGAGAAUUAUCCUAAGGAUAUAAUCUUGAAAAAUUUUUAUUAUAAUUGUAUGUAAGAAAGCACUGGUGGAACCAUGCAAAGGUGA